AGUAUCAAUAUAAACUAAAACAUAAGUACUAUUCUUGGUAUUAAUCGAUAUAGCAAACGUGUUCUUAAAUUAAAGUGAUUGCAUUCUUGGUUUUGUAUUGCAGAUGGGUGGAAAGGUGAGUCCAGAUGAUGCAAAGGUGAGUGAUGAACAUAAAAAAGCGGAGAAAGAGAGGAGAGAAGCUCAUAUUAAAACACUGGAUGAUCUUGUUAACGUUAAUUCACUUUUUACUUUAGCGGUGUUUGUGGGCUUGUCUCAGGCUUCACCAGGCGCUAUCAGCCUGGAGAAUCGUGAAGAGUGUAAUGCUGGUCCUGGAGUAGCUAAAAUGCUGGUUCUGUACGAAGUUGUGGCCUUUGCUUGUUUCCUCUUAUCAAGCCUUGUUGCAAAAGUGAUAAAGCUACUGCUGGGCUUGGAUAGUGAUAGAUUCAAGUUGGUUCAGGAUAGAUUUGAUUUAAAGGACUUUUUGUUGAUUUUGACCGCCAGUGCCUCUGUUAGUGGGAUUAUUUUGCUAACACUUUCGGUCAUUAACAUAGUCCAGAUCCGAAUAGGCUUGUAUUCUUGUGGAAGUGCUGAAGCAAGGAGAGCUAUAUGGGGUCUUGGUACUAUCGUUGCCAUUGCUUUGGUGAUUUACGUGCUGGCUCUGAUUGUAGCUAUUUAUGCCUCUAUUACUACUGAUGGUCAGUAUUCAACUAGUUCAAAAACCAAUUCUGAUGAAAAAAGGGGUGAUCAUCAGAAAGAUGAAAGUUCUGGUGUAAUCCAAGGCCGCUCAGCCGUUUGAUUUUGUGCUCAGUGUCACGAAGAAUAGAAUUUACUGCUAGAUUGAAGUUCAGUAUUUGUUUGUAGUCUAUAUGGAAUACAGCCAACUAAGGCGACGUUUGAUUCAUUAUGUUAGCUACCCAAUGUUGUGUGCAGUGAUUGUUUCUUAAUACUAAUUGCAGCAGAGAGUAAAUUAUUUGGAA